AUUCUACUUGUUAUUAUUAAUAAAGCUUUUUAUGUAUCUUUAAAUAUAACUUUACUGUGUCAUGCCUAACUCUAACCCCCUUAAGAUAAAUCUCUAAAGCGCUGCCAUCUGCAGAGUGAAGCGAAGGAAACUAAUAUGGUUGAUCAUAUAACCAUUAAAUAGCCAUGGCAACUACGGAGAUAAUAUUUCCUAACGAAGAACAACCAGCAAAAUUGUUGAAAUGGAGAGUUCGUACGAAUACUACGGUCUCAGCCGGUAGAGUGUUGUUUUUCUAUCGAAACGUAACAUCGGAAAAUGAAGAAACCAGCAGUCCUGAAAAGAAAUUUCGAGUUAUACGAUAUGGCCGUAUUACAAAAUUGUUAUUCAAAGAAGGUGACAUCAUAAAACCUGGGGAAGUGAUAUUGAUGCUGGAAGGAUGCAAACAUCCUACUGUCAUGAAGGAUUUGUGUGCAGAAUGUGGUGUAGAUUUAAGAUUAGAAGGAAAUGGAAAAGAUGGUGGAAAUAUGAUUUCUCAAGCUGUUGUACCAAUGAUACACAGUGUACCUGAACUUAAAGUAUGUCCAGAAUUAGCAGAGAAAAUUGGAAAGGAAGAUGUACAAAGACUCUUACGAGACCGUAAAUUGGCGUUACUUGUGGAUCUGGACCAAACAAUCGUUCAUACAACCAAUGAUAAUGUGCCUCCUAAUAUGAAGGAUGUUUAUCAUUAUCAACUUUAUGGACAAAAUUCUCCAUGGUAUCAUACACGUUUACGGCCAAAUACUCGACAUUUUCUGUUAGAGAUGAGUCGUCUAUAUGAGUUACAUAUUUGUACAUUUGGAGCAAGGAAUUAUGCACAUACUGUAGCUUCUUUAUUAGAUAAAGAUGGUACUUUGUUUUCUCAUAGAAUACUCUCAAGAGAUGAAUGUUUUGAUCCAGCAUCUAAAACUGCCAAUCUAAAGGCUCUAUUUCCUUGUGGAGACGACAUGGUGUGUAUUAUAGAUGACAGAGAGGAUGUAUGGCAGGGAUGUGGUAAUUUGGUACAAGUCAAACCUUAUCACUUUUUUCCUCAUACUGGUGACAUACACGCUCCACCUGGGCUAGAAAAAAAUGAUCCUGCAACACCCAUAUCAACUGCCGUAAAACAAACUCAAAAUAAAAAUAAUAAUAACGGCACAUUACAUUCAACUGAUAAAGAUGUAUUAAAUAAUGAUACUAAAGAAGAAAGUGUGAUAAAAGAACACGAAAGUGUUACUAUAUUCGAAGAGUCAAAAUGUACUAACGACAAUACAAGAGAUACAGAAGAUAAAGAAAAAAGUACUGAGAUACAAUCAAAUGAUGCGGAAAAGCAAUCAGAAAAUGAUAUUGAACAAGUUAAAGAAGUAGAUAGUAAGACUUCAAAUUCAAAGGAAGAUAAAGAAACAGAAAAGGAAGAGAAACGUAAUGAAAAUAAAUUUAUAGACGAGGAUGAAGAUGAUUAUUUAUUGUAUUUAGAAGAUAUUCUUCGAAAAAUACAUGCAGAGUUUUACAACAAUAUAGAAAAGGAAAUUGGGCAAAAAUCAUUAAGGGUUAUUAUCCCUCGUGUAAGAGCUCAAGUAUUAAAAGGUAUUUGCUUGACUUUCAGUGGAUUAAUACCUACUCAUCAAAAACUUAAUCAAAGUCGUGCUUAUAAAGUAGCAAGGGCAUUUGGAGCAGAAGUGACACAAGAUUUGACGGAAAAUACUACACAUUUAGUUGCUAUUAGACCAGGAACUGCAAAAGUAAAUGCGGCCAAAAAGCGAGGCGAUAUAAAAAUUGUAAAUCCAGAUUGGCUUUGGGCGUGUGCAGAACGUUGGGAAUAUGUGGAUGAACGUCUUUUUCCUCUCACUACAAAGGCACGUGCCUCUAGAAUACCACCUGCCCAUUGUAGCAGUCCAGAACAUAUAGAGGAACAGAAGGAUGAAUUAAAAGAUAAAUUUGCAGAUAGUAUAAAUCCUUUGAUGUCUUUUACUCAAGAAGAAAUAGAAAUAAUGGAUAAGGAAGUAGAAGAAGACAUGGAAGAUCAAGAUAUAGAGGCUUCUGUUUUUGAUAUAGAUGAUAAUAUUGAAGAUUAUAACAAAAGAACACGUGGAAGUAAUUACAAUUCAGAAGAAUCAUCAAAUGAUGACGAAUGCAAAUCGUUUAAAAAAAAGAGGAGAUUAUACAACCAUAGUUCCGAUGAUGAUGCCGACGAUGGCGACGACAACGACGACGACGAUGAUGUUGACGAUGGUGGUAAUGACGAUGACGAGAACGAGGACGACGACGAGGACGAAGACAAUGACGAUGACAAUGAUCUUACAACACGUUUCAGAAGAGGGGAAGACUUACCCGAUGAUUUAGAUCUUGGCGAUAAUUCACAAGAUUCUGUAGAUCUUGAACCAAUUGAAAAUGAAGAUGACAGAGAAUGGAAUGCUAUGGGAGCUGCGCUUGAAAGAGAAUUUCUUUCAGAAUAAUACGUUAUAAAACAAUUCAGCAAUUUAAUUUACUAUAUUAUGCAGCAAUUAAAGCACUUUUAUAUUUUAACGAUUUACUAAUUGGAACUGUUGAAUAUGAUGAAAAGAUUAUGUAGUUAUAUAAUAUGAUCAUAAAAUUUAUAUGAUAAAAGAA